UUAGCGCGAAAACAUAAAAUAAAAUAUCGACGACAACGGAUCGAGCAUCCGAGUUUCUGUGACAAUCCUCCUAGAUAAUCUACUGUUUUAUCACCAAUUGUAUGAGUGAAGCAACAAAGUUAUUCUUUGAGCCAGAUUACAGUUUCAGAAAUAACCAUGCUUGGUGUGGAAACAGCCUCCACAAUGCGGGCAACGGACCCGUUGAUGAAUUCCGACCUGUUUGAUGCAGACGAUGAUGAAAGUGAUGAGGAGGUAUUCAGGAGCAUGAAAUCCAAACAGAAGAGACCGACUAAAUCUCAGCGGCUUAUCCUGAGUGAUGAUGAAGAUGAAGAGAGAUCCCCAAGUCUUUUAGAUCAAGGAAAGUCUCAGUCUGACGGUGAAGAAAGUGAUGAAGAUCAUGGAAGAAACAAGCAAGAAAUAAUGAAUGAUGAUGAUGAUGACGGCAGUAACGAUGACAGUGAUAAUGACAAACCUAAACAAAGAAAGAAUAUUCAGAGGUCUAUAGGAAGUAGUGAUGAUAGUGAUGAUGACCUGAGCAAUGAUCACAAUAAGCCCAAAGAAAGAAAGAAGAUCCGUAAGCCUGUAGAAAGUAGUGAUGAUAGUGACGAUGACCUGAGCAAUGAUGACGAUGACGAUAAGCCCAAAGAAAGAAAGAAGAUUCGUAAGCCUGUAGAAAGCAGUGAUGAUAGUGAUGAUGACCUGAGCAAUGGUGACGACGACGAUAAGCCCAAAGAAAGAAAGAAGAUUCGUAAGCCUGUAGAAAGCAGUGAUGAUAGUGAUGAUGAUAGCAGUAACGAUGACAGUGAUAAUGACAAACCUAAAGAAAAGAAAAGUCGAAGGCCUGUAAGAAGCAGUGAUGAUAGUGAUGAAGAUGAUAGCAGUGAUGAAGAAGAAAUAGCAUUUCAGUUGACACCACCACCACAAGAUCCUGAAGCAGAUGGAGAUAAGAGGUCCAUGAGAAGGAAAAGAAUCAAUAAGGAUGAACUUCAGCAAAUACACAGUGAAACUCAACGAAUUGUCAGAGAGUCUACAAUUCGCAUUCCCUACCACCGCCCUACACCUCUGAGCUUGGAUGAAUUAUUCAGCAAGAAGCCUUCUCUCACUACAUUAAGACCUAUGGGAGGUAGAGUCCCAAGAAUUCAUGGGAAAGAGUUGCUGAACACCUCAACAGAGCAAGAAAAAGGACAAGAGAGUCGCAAGGAAGAAACUGAUGAACUGCCUGAUCUCCUAUCAUCACAAGUGCAAGAUGGUCCUGAAAACAAAGUCUCUUGUGAAGAGAAUCCAGAGUGCUCUUCUGAAAACGUCCAGGCAGAAGACAAACCAAGUGAAACAGAGACAGACAAUGUUACAAUGGUGAAUGAGGCUACUGAUGAUGCAUUGCUACAGGAUGCACCCAAGGAAAGUAGUCGUCAUAGUCCAGUAGCUGAUGGAAUAUCAGCACAAUCUCCAACAUCAUCAUCAUCAUCAUCGCAGUCAAAUCAAAAAGAGCUUUCUCCACAAAACCCAUCACAAGACUCUCCCAAGGAAUCCUUACCUAGGACUUCCCAGCAGCCUCUGACGGAAGACAAGGCUCCGAUAUUCAAGACUCCCCCUCCUACUACCUCUACACAGCCUGAUCCGAUGUCCUCACAGGCAAGGCGCAUGAAACGUCUGCAAGACUCUCUCAUCAGAUUAAAAGGGGUGCAACCCAAGCUUAGUGGUGGACCUAAGAUUACCAUCGAUUUAGAGGAAGGAGGGGAGCCUUCGGCAGAAGAGAAGGGUGUUGUCAAGUUGAAGAAUAGAUUUGUGCAGCACACCAAACACAUCAAGGUGACACAUCAGAAAGACGUUCAAGUCAAUAUUGUGACCAAAGAGAAAGGAGAAGAUGGAAAAGAAGAUUUGAAACAUCAGACCUUUACUGUAGGAUUGGAUAAACAACCAGAGCAAAUAGAUCCUUCAUUAAAUGUCCCAGGUGCUAAGCUAUGUCACCUGAAGCAGAACUUACAGGCCACCAUGAGAGUGAAGAGAGAGCAAGAGAGACUGAAGAGACGGGAGGCCUAUAAGCUGGAUAAUGAAGAAGGCUUUGGAGGAGAAGAGGAUGAAGAUGAGGCAGAGUUGACUGAUGGAAGUGAGACGGAGGGGGAGGAGGAGAGAGGGAUGAUAGGCCAUGAAGAUGAAGAUGCAGACUAUGAGCCUGGCAAUGAGUUCCUUGAUGAUGAGGCCGAAAGUGACGACGACGAUGGCAAUGAGAUGGGAGAUGAAAUGGACGAUGAAGAAGAAGAAGAAGAGAGUACUGUCAUCAAGAAGCUCAAAAAAAAGUCGCGAUCACUUGAGAAGGAGACUACUUUGAUCGAUAGUGAUGAGGAGAUUACUCCAAGCCGGAGGAAAGGAAGCAAGAGGAGAGCCACGGUGGUCGAUGACGUCGAAGAUGGUGGUGAUGAGGAGAAAGGAAUAUCUCUUCGUCUGGACUCAACAGGAACUGAGGAUACUGAUACUGAAAUUAGUGAUGUCUUGCAAGAUUCUAGUCGAUUUAACUCAGUGCGUACACCCAGGACUCCUUCAGCGUUGGAUCAGUGUAGUAAGACUAUGGAGAUGUAUGAUAGCGCUACCAACUCGACUGUCAGUGACUUUCAGGUCCCUAUAAGCAGAGUAGACUCCAGUAGUAAGAAAGUUGCAUGGAGUGCCAGCAAAGAUACAGAUUCAAGCAAAGACAGUAUGAGCUUUGUUCUGCCGGCUCCUGUACGCCAAGACAGCAGCUCUAAUAGCCUGGAUACGAGCUUCGAAGCGAUGACAUCAUUGAUACCAGCUCAUCAACCACAGGGAGGAAUGACCAAAUCGGGAAGAGCCAGUGUAGAUUCCACUAAAGGGGAAACCUUCACUCCGUUUUCCAGACAUCAAUCUGUACUCGUUAAUAGCACAUCUAAGACCGUCUCACGUAAUGAACUGACUCUACCGGUAGAAGACUCUCAGGAUCUAUUCCGUGAGGACUAUCCUCGUCUGCCAACCAUCGCAGACUCCCAGCAGGUCACAGAGUCCCAGAGCUUCCAUUUCUCAUUCGAAGAUGAGACUCAAACACAAUUCCUAGAUGAGAAUGGACUUCUAAACUUGAAACCAUCAACAUCAUCUAAGAAGAAGACCAUGUUUGAAGAUACCCAAACUCACAGUGCCGAAAGCCAAUCCAGUAUGGAUGAACUAUUGGGUCUGUGCUCUGGACAGUUCGCUGCUACACAAGGCCAAGAUGAUGUGACAGCUCAAAAGCCAGGACCAUUCUCACAAGUAUCUCAGAGAGCUGGUACUCAAGCCAACAUGGAUGAACUACUUAACCUUUGUUCAGGCACAUUCACAGAGAUGGAAUCUAAAUCUCAGAUCACAUCAACCAGGAAGGUGGAAGAGAAAGAUGAGAAGGAGGAUGACGACCAUCUAUCGUUUCACAUCGCUUCAGACCACGAUGGACCAGACAGCGAUGACGAUGUCGACAAGGGAUUCAGCAGUGAUGAGGAGGACGUUGCUCCAAAGAAGAGGCGCAGGAUCAUCCAGCAGGAGAGCGAUGAUGAAGAGGAGGAGGAGGAGGAGGAGGAGGGGGCGGAGAAGGGAGAGGAAGAGUCUGAUUUGGAUAGCGAGUUUGAAUUUAACAGGGACCUCAAAGGCUUUAAAGGAAAGACGUAUAGCAAGAAACUGAACCUAGCAAACUUUGUUGAGGAUGAGGCUGAGUUAUCUGGCAGUGAGGCUGAUAGCGACGAGAACUACGAUGCAGAGGAUGACGAUGAGGAGAUUGAAGGCAUCAUCAACGAGGAAGUAGGAGAUGAAGAUGAGCUCAGGGAUCAGGUCAACAAAGUUCACUUGAAGACUGUGGAUGACGAUGAUGCACGCAGACUACGAAUCCUUAAAGAGAUGUACCUCCCUGAUGGAGACUUGCAUUCGGAUAAUAAGGGAAGAACACGCAAGUUUAGAUGGCGACAUAUGGAUUCCCAGAUGGACAUGUUCAGACCUGGUUCAGAUGGAGAAGAGGAUGAAGAAGAUGGUCAGGAUCAAGACAGUCAAUGGAGAUUGAUGAGAUACCAGAGAGAACAAUGGUUGAAAGAAAAUGAGGAGAAGACUGACGCUGUGACUCCAGACAUUGUUACGUCAUCAUUAGAUGAGAAGAGUCAGUUUGCUAAGUGUCUGAAGGCGGCGACUUUCAAGAAACCUCAGGUGGAUACAUCAACUCAAGAUGUGGAAGAAAAGGAAUUGAAGAAGGAUUCAAAGAUUGCACCUACCAAACCUCUGAAUAUCAUGAAUAAGAGAGGGUCGUUCCUGUCUCGUAGUAAGAAUGACCUGGCCAAGAUGGCGUCCAUGUUGAAGCCAGUCGCUAAUCCUCAGGGACCCAGGAGCACUCGUAACUUUGUAUUUCAGUCAGCAGAAUCUUCCUUUGGAGAGGAGAGCAUUGUAGAGCCUCCUAAGGUGAAACGAUCUGCCAGUGUAUCCGGCCCAUCAACGACUCCUUCAGGUCCUCGGCCCAAGAGACCUAGACUAGAGCGCAGUCAGAGUCAGUUCACAUCAAACAGUGUAUUCAGACACUUCUAACAUCAAGUCUACAAUUAGUGAUCGUUGUGAAGUCUCAAGCACAGCACACAACGAUGAUAUGUUGACACUUGAAAAUCUCUUUUAUUCCUUCUUCUUUCUUCUGCUUCUUUCUUUUUCUUCUUCUUUGGUGUAGUCAGUUUCCUUCAACCCUGAAAAUUCUUGCAGAACAUUGAUAAAGUGUGUGUCAGAAGGGUAGGGUUCCGUCAUGAGACACAGAUAUAUUUCUUUGUAAGCCAGAUUAAUGUAGUGGUUAUUAAAGAUCUUUUACAAUGAGUUCUGAUCCCUUGUCUCAUACUAAACAAUAUCUCCUACAAAGAACUAAAUGUUCAUUUUCAGACCCAGGUUUCUUUGCUUUUUCAUAAGUCUUUAAAGUAUAUUCAUAUUUCUAUUAUAUUUCUUACAAAGUGGUUCACUAAAGAUUACAAUAAAUAUUUUAUUUUUGGUGAUGGUGUCUCACAUCAUUAGGCAGAGGCUUCAGGUGCUUUAUCAAAGUAUAAUCCCAUUUACCAGAAAUUUUAUUUUAUUAGCAUUUCAGGGGACUUAUGCAUAACAAAUUUGUCAUUAACUCCUUAAAUUAAGAUGAUUAUCACUUUUACUAUAAAAAUUGCAUAUUUUAAGAAAAUUUGCUUUUAAUCACAAAUCUGUGGCUCAGGGACCCCUGGGUCUGUUUAAAUACCCAGGGGACUUAAUUUAAGCUGCCGGUAGAGUGAUAGAACAAAAAAACACAUCGAGUUUCAUGGGAGACCUCAACAACUCUUUAAAAAAAUUCAUUUCCGAGACGAGAAGAAAAAUAUUCUUUAAUAUAGCCAUUUUGUAGAAGAGAUGUACUGGAAUGUAACUUCUGCAAAGUUUCAACAAGCAUGGAUGAAUAGCUCAUGGACUAUGUACAUACCCCCCCCCCUGAAAAAAUGUCUUAUUAUUAUCAUAUUGCUGGCAUUUUCAUCUGCAAUAAUGUUACUUUUAUCAAGAAACUUUCCGUGUAAAUUAAGGUACCUUUCCUGGUAUAAGGAAGCUCAGUUUAAGAAAUUUCCUGAGGGAAGUAUAAGAUUUUCUCAGGCAGGGCAUUUAUAUUUCAAAUGGGAGCUUGCUACGGGUUCAUUCAUGCUCGUGUUCACUGCUAAUAUGAACAUAGAACCUGUGCAGUUGUACAUAUAUGUACCAUAGAAAACAUCAAUUUAAAAAAAAUCCUGAUGGUUAUAUUUUAGCUCGUAAAUAUAUUUAUAGAUGUUGAUGAUGAGAUUACUAAAAUGUGAAUGAUGUGUCAUGGUGGUGAUUUUGAUUAAAUAGUAAAUAUGAAAAGUA